CAAAAUCUCGUUCAAAACGUCCCCUAAAGCGUCGGGUUCGGCAACUGACUUUUUCACCAGUAAAUUAUGAUUAAGUGCAAACGACCUUGAACACAAUAAGUAACCAUGGCAACCACAAACCUGCCCCCAACCCUGGGGGCAGCAACAUCUCAGUACAAGAUCCGAUGUAAGCCGGCCACUGUUCUUAUCGGGGAUCGUGAGUAUCUGUCUGCAACUGACGCCCUUGAGGCGUACCUCGGCCAAUAUGAGAGACAAGGGCUGACCACAAAACCGGCGUACAAACGAACAGUGAAUGACCUACUUAACCCAAAGUCCAGUCUCCAUCUGACAGCAGAGAGGUCACUAGACACAGGCAUCAGAGCAACAGAUACUGAGCUACGAUUGGCUGACCAGAAAGAGGCUGUAAAUGAAUCACUGUAUAAAAUGAAGAAAUCUGUGGCCCUGAAAGCAGAAGCCAAGAAAAAGUCUUUGAGAAGAACAAAAGAGCGUGUUGACGAGGCGUUAAACAAGUCCCAGGAACUCAUUAAGCAGAUUAAUGCUGACAACAUACCCAAAACAAUCCAUUGUCCAAGUGAUGUCGGGUCUUUAACUACUGACAUACUUGUGUCCAUGAACCCAUUGGAUGGUUAUAGUGAUAACCAAGACCCCGGGGCUGGAGGGGUUGUGGCCCAGCCCACAUGGAAGAGUAAACACGUGUUUGGGUAUAAGAGGCCCCGCAAUAGGCGCUCCAAGACUCUGAGCAGUCUGCAGAUUGCUCAUGACAUGAUGGGCCUCAUUGAAGAACAGCCGAACCAGAGCUUCACUGCUCAACCCCAUGAGAAGAGUGUGACAUUCCAGACAGACAUGGUGGCGAAGAGUCACAGCAAGUAUGAUGAUGAGGUUUCCAUACUCCUUGGGGAAUCCCCGAACACUUCCCGUCAUGGUAGAUCACCCAACAAGAGUCUGCGAGAACGUAGCCGAUCAGUAUCACCAUCCAUUUUAAAACGAGAACGGCACUUGUUUGAAUCAGGCUUACGCAAUAAGCCUAUCCCCGAUUAUUACACAGACUUUAACAGUUCUGCAGCUAAAGCCCCUAGCUGGAUUGAUACGAUGAAUCUCUCUGACGUUUCUGAUACUGACUGGAAAAAACGAGACUUUACCGUCUCUAAACCCCCUCCGAGCUGGGUAAAUGAUAUUGACAAUUCUGAUAUAACCAGUGUAAUAUCAGCACCAAAGCCGGCUAAAAAGUUGGCAUUUGAGGAUCUUCUUCGACCGCUGCCUGUUAUAAAUACUCAACAAAACUCCUCGUACAACAGUGAUGCUAAUGAUACUCUACCUGCCCCGGGCCUUACCUACAAGGACUUAUUGGGCGAUACCUCACAACUGGCUAAUACUCCAAACAAGCAGAGAAGUGGCUCACCUACAUUAUCAGAAAAACUUACCAACCUGAAAACAAAGACAAACGAGGCUCUCAAGCGUUACCACCACCGGGUGCAACAGGAUAUAGACCUCGACACGCCAUCCAGAGGCAGCAACCCUUACAGUGGUGACGGGGUACCGAGAUGUUCCAGCCUGGACACAGCUGCACUGAUUGCAGGGAUUCCUCCACUCGGGAAUGACAUCUCUGGGGCAUCACCCAUCAAACCGGCAAGGGACAAUGACAGUACGAUCACUGCUAGAGGCAGUCCGGGUAAGGACCGACGUGGCAGGUCCCUGUCACCAGGAUGUGGGCGGGGAAGGUCAAGGUCACCAGAUACAGACAUUGUCCUUGAGGGAGACAGGCCGUGGGAGAAGACUGUCUCAUAUAAGCCCCCAGUGUUGGUGUCCGCAGACAGAAGGGCAGGCAAUGAUGCACAGAACUACUCAGGUGGGUCGCAGCCAGGCAGCCUGGAGGCUCUAAAGAACAUGAUAUUCAAACUCCAGCAGGAGGCUGUCACGACCGACAGUGAAGAUGAGGGGUCUCGCUCACAGCUGUCUGCUAAGGUAUCCAAGUUAAAAGCGGAGGCAGCAAACCUCGGAAUAAGUGUUCCCGUGGGAGAAGUCCCGGAGGGCAGGAAAAGUAGGAAACAAGCUGGAAAUAAUCCCACACUCGAGGAUUACGACUUCCAGGGGGAACCUGGUGGACAGUCCCUAGAAAAAGCAUUGGUGCAUCUAGACCGACUGAAAACCUUGGUGAACACACAUGAGAAGGCUGAAAGCAAUGCUGGAGUUAUCCCCCUUUGUGCAAAUACAGAAUGAUGACAUGAUAUAAUCCAAACUGUUGUACACUGAACAAUGGAACAGUGUUUACUAUGUUGAUUUUGUUUUUAACAAAGACUUGGAAGGCAUUGAUAUUUGAGAUUUUUUGCACUGUGAUACUGUUUUGUCGUUCUAAAUGUUCUUGUUAUAUUCUACAAGAAUGCACAGCAUGGGAAACCAAGUUGUAUUAGCCCCCUCAUGUUUUUACCUUGUCACAAUUGCUUAGAAAGUUAAGGAAAAUAUAAAGAUUAUUAACAUAUCCAUAUUUAAGCGAGAUUCCUUUAGGGAACAUGAGUAUGGUUAUAAUUUUCCUACCCUGUCAGUGAAUGUGUAAAAUGUCCAAUGAUCAAACAUCAACAAUGGCAUAUUUUCAUUUUGUCCUGUGUAACUGCCAAGUAGGGCUGACAAAAUUGUCUGGUGUAUCAACUGGGCAAAAAUUGUACAACCAAAUAUGUUUCUCUGUGAGAUUGAUAAUUACAUUGAACAGUAACUUGGUUGUGUAAUAUGCAAUCAGUAUUGAUUUUUAAUUGACAACAAUGCAGUUGAUUAAGUCCCUAAAUUAUAAACAAAAUAAUGACAACAAGAAAUUGUCCUGUGUUACUUAUGUCGGACAGAACAUUUCUGCUUUUGUAUACACUUCCCCAUGUUGAAUUUGUUUCUUUAAUUGGUUUAAGUUAACAUUUGACAUUAUAUUAAGGUUUAAAAUUUGAAAAUAUGUCAAUCCUAGUCUUUACACCUGAGUAAAAGAAUGAUACGGAUAAAUACGGAAUCAGAUUUUAUAUACUCCUAGAACGAAGGGUAAUUUUUAUUUUUCAUGUACAUUUCAUAUAAUUUCAAUUUCAUGUAUGCAUAAACUGUAUAAAGUUCACAGUGAAUAGACAGUUUACUCUUAGCAAAAUGUACAUCGUUUUUUGAUAACCUGUCAUGUUACUGGUACUCUUUUUUUCUGUCAAAAGUAGAAAUAUUCAACCAGAAGUUCAUGCAAACCAUCACUAUCAUUUUAUUUAUCUAAAUUAUCAUAUAAUGCACAUGUAUGACUUGUAAUCGUUCAUUUUUGCAUUGAAUAAAAAUGAUUUUAUUUAUUAAAUAAAGAAAUACAUGU